GUGCGUGUGUAUAUACUCUUAUAUGAUACCAAGGGAGAGAGAAGUAGAAAGAAGCAGAUCUCAAUCCUUCCUUUAGAUGCAGCGGCCUUUUUGGGUCUGGUGAUCAAUACAUACAAACAGAGAGAGAGAGAGAGAGAGAGAGAGAGAGAGAGAGAGAGCAGGGACCAGAGAAAGAAAGCAAGAAAUUGAGCCUCUGACUCUGAGCUGGGAUUACUCUAUCUUUAAUCCCCUGUCGUUUGUCUCUACUGCCAUUUAUAUUCCAUCCUCUCAUCUUUCAUUUGAUCCCAUACUCUCAUCCUCUUUAUCAUCAUCUUCUUCUUCUUCUUCCAAACUCUUACCAUUUUGUCUUCUCUGUCACCUUCCUCAGAUCCAUCCCUGCAAUCCUCCUUUUCCUCUUGUAUAAUCAUAAAGAUCGUUCUUUUUUUGGUUUGUUUGUUGAGAAAUGGGGACUGGUUGGAGAAGGGCUUUCUGCACUACUAUCCCACGAGAUAGAGAACCCAAAUUCGUUGAUAAACAUCUUUAUCAAGAUCAUGAACACACACAAUCGAGCCCUAGUCCCAGUCCAAGAAGCUGUGCAAAACUGGGUUUUUUGAAUAAUAACAGUAAAAGUGGUAGCAGCAGCGCUUCUACUACGCCUCGUCUGCGUUGCAGAACCGCCGCGGCUUCGAAUGAAAACAGUGAUAAUCUCGUCAGCCCAAGCCUCCAUUGCAAAACCACCACCCCGAAAUCUAAUUCUUCCAAGACUCCCAGAACUCGCCUUGCUUCUAACCCUGCGUCGCCCAGAUCCCCCUUUUCAAUCCUCAAGAACACCCUCCGUCUUUCCAGGAAUAGCUGCGGGGUUUGUAUGCAGAGUGUGAAGACUGGGCAGGGGAUGGCGAUUUACACGGCGGAAUGUUCCCACUCGUUCCAUUUCCCCUGCAUCGUUUCGCACUCCAGAAAACAGAGCUCUCUGGCCUGUCCGGUCUGCAAUCACGCCUGGAAAGAUGUCCCGCUGCUCUCCGUUCACAAGCUCCGGCAACAGGAAGAAACAACGAGUCUUGGGCAUAAACACGAACAGGUGGUGGACGAGAAGAAGGUUAUUGAAGAGACGGAAACCAAGCUCCGCCACCUGAACAUCAAGCAUGAAUCGUCGUUGCACGUGAAACAAUACGGGACGGAUUCGAAAAUGUAUAAUGAUGAUGAGCCGUUGCUGUCGCCGACGGCCGGCGCCGGGAAGUUCAGGGCGAUUCCGGAGGUGAAUGAAAUGGAGGCGGACUGCGAGGAAGAAGAGGUGGAAGAGUUUCAAGGGUUUUUUGUGAAUCCGAUUUCGAGCGAUAAAGCUUUUGCGAAUCAUAAGGAGAGUAGGAACGUGGAGGUGAGCUUGCUGCCGGAAGCCGCUAUAGUGUCUAUGGGGAGAACGCACGAGACGUACGCCGUCGUUUUGAAGGUGAAAGCGCCGCCUCCGCCGCCGCUGGGCCAUAGUAGUAGCAGUUCCGGUCAUUUCUCGGACCCGGCGCGGCGGGCGCCGAUAGAUUUGGUGACUGUGCUUGACGUCAGCGGGAGCAUGAGCGGCGCGAAGCUGCAGAUGUUGAAACGAGCCAUGCGUUUGGUCAUUUCCUCUCUCGGAUCGGCUGAUCGGCUCUCCAUCGUGGCUUUCUCCGCCGCGCCGAAGAGAUUGUUGCCUUUGAGGAGAAUGACGGCUCAGGGACAGAAAUCGGCGCGGCGGAUCAUCGACCGGCUCGCGUGCAGCCAGGGAACUUGCGUGGGCGAGGCUUUGAGGAAAGCCGCUAAGGUUCUUGAGGACCGGCGCGAGAGAAACCCGGUUGGAAGCAUCAUGCUGUUAUCGGACGGUCAAGAUGAUAGAGUUCAACCCAACAGCGAUCCUAACGGAAGGCGAGAAACCAGCCACGAGUCAUCCACCCGGUUCUCCCAUAUAGAAAUUCCGGUUCACUCAUCCGGGUUCGGAAAAAAGGCCGGCUACAGCCACGCGCCGAAUGAGGACGCGUUCUCAAAAUGCGUAGGUGGAUUAUUAAGCGUGGUGGUACAAGAUCUGAGAAUUCAGCUCGAUUUUGCUUCCGGCUCCGAUCCGGCUGAGGUGGCAGCCGUGUAUUCCUACAACGGGCGGCCGGCUGUUCUCAACCCCAGCUCAAUCCGGCUGGGCGAUCUAUACGCCGAGGAGGAAAGGGAAUUACUCGUGGAAGUUAGGGUUCCGUCAAUGGCCGUUGGGUCCCACCACGUGUUGUCGUUUAGAUGCUGUUACAAAGACCCCGCCACGCAGGAGUUAGUCAAUGGGAGAGAGCAUGCACUGUUGGUGCCAAGGCCACAAGCCGUUCGAUCAUCUUCACCCAGGAUCGAAAGGCUGAGAAAUCUUUUCAUUACCACCCGAGCAAUCGCGGAGUCCCGGCGAUUAAUUGAGCAUAACGAGUUGACUAGCGCCAUGCAUCUGUUGUCAUCGGCGCGGGCUCUGCUCAUCCAAUCCGGCUCGUGUUACGUGGACGAGUACGUGAGAGGAUUGGAAGCGGAGUUAACGGAAGUGCAAUUAAGGAAGCAAUAUCAACAGCAGAUGGAGCAGCAGAAGGUAAUCCAACGGCAGAGAUCGUUCGAGAGAGAAACGGGCGUCUUCUUGGAUGAAAACGGGGAGCCACUCACGCCAACCUCGGCUUGGAGAGCGGCUGAGAAACUGGCUAAGGUAGCCAUGAUGAAGAAGUCGAUGAGUAGAGUCAGCGACUUACACGGAUUUGAAAAUGCUAGAUUUUAAUUUUAAUAUUUAAAUUAGAAUUUUACUGUAUUUUAUAUUUGCCAAAAGAAAAAGGGAGAGUAAUGUUCCAUGGGCCACUUCAUCUAAUGGCGACAGUUCUUAAGGCGGCCAGCCCUUUUCUGCAGUGUGGCCCAAUGGGCCAGGCCCACACAUCAUUGACUGAUUGCAGGUCCAUAUCUUUGCCUUAGCUCCCAAGAGAGAGAGAGAGAGAGAGAGAGAGAUUUGCUUUUGUAUGGAACAACCUUAUAAAAUGAAUUGAAUGAAAAUUAUGUAAAUUCAAUUCUCCUGAAA